CCACAAACAAACCCAGAGAGUGAGCUCACAGUCCCUUAGCAACAGUGGAUCUACAGUAACAGCUGUGCUGGUAAAAUCAGUCUUGGGUGUGGAUCCCUAUUCAGUGAAACAUUACAAAAUGGGAUUUCAAUCAAAAUCUGCGUAUGAGAUUCUGCUGAGGGCCCUGCUAAAAGACAUGAAUGCCUGAAUGAGAGCAGUAAAACAUGCUGGAUGUGUGAUGAAUGGCAGGAGGAAACAUCAAGCAGAGUGCGGUGCAGGUGAAAGCAUGAAUGUCCACAGGGAACAGAAGAGGGACUUUCAGUCUAAAGCCUUUCAUGAAAGCACAGUGUUCACUUUGCUUCCACCAAGACCACAUUCCUAUGGAGACACAUGCCUUUCCUCCAGAGGCUCUGACCUGCUGGGCCUGCAAGUGCAGGGGCUCUGCUGUCACCUUCAGCAGAAGCCCAGCAGUGGAAGGGUGACACAAAGGGUGACACCACAGAGCAGAGGGGGAGGAGGGGGGACCCUGAUGCUACUAAGCAGACUCAAGGGAAGGCCGCAGAGCAGAGCAAAACCAGCACUGAGGACCAGUACUGGGAGCAGACCUGAGAUAAGUCCAGAGGGUGAAGAUCCCACUGUAUGUCAUCGCAGAGAUCCAGUCAGUCAAACAGCAGAAACUCCCACAACCCCCUGCAACAACAACGAGAGGCAGGCUUGUCACGGGCAUCCCGGCGCCACAAAGGUUUCAGUGCUCCAUCUGUAUCUGCCUUCAUCACUCUGUGAUGAUGAGGAGCAGGACGUUGAGGCACAGGAGAUGAGAUCUGACACCAGCCUGUCCUCACCCCACCUUCUCUGAAGCUCUGUGCGUCACCGUUGCCCGGCAAAGACGACAUGUCAUUGGCAAAACACGGAGGUCCCCAGGGAUCCGUGCCUUUCCUGUGUCUGCCCCCAAACAGUGAAACAGCACCCCCCCCCCCCCAAUCCACCCCCUCUAUUGACUCUUUGAAGUCCAGGCACAAAAACCUACUUUUAUUCAUUAGCACUCAAGUCCCCCUGAUGUGGCUUUCUCUGACACAAGCCUAUGUGUGUUGUAUCUAUAAAUGUGUGAGCUGUGUACCUGACAGUUAUGUUGCCUCUCGUGUAUGUGUUUUUCACAUUUUAUUCCUUUUGUACAGCACUUUGGUUGAGUUGAGUUGAGUUGAGUUGAGUUGAGUUGAGCUGAGUUGAGUUGAGUUAAGUUGCCCUAUUUCCUUUUCUGAUAAUCCUACAUUGUGAUACUGUGAUUGCGCCACUGAUCCAUAUUACAUUGACUAGUGUCAAUGAUGAUCCGAUGAUGUUUUACUGUCCAGGGGACACACCGUGUUGAAGAAAUAUUUUCACUGGUGGCUGUCAUUUUCCUACCCUCUACACAGGUAAUAUCUUGUACAGGACAAGAUCCUGUUUUGUCUCAAUGUGUGAAAGAAAAACAUAAAAACUCUUCUCUCAAAGUGUUUAGCUAUUAAAUUGAUACAUAAUAAUAGCUUAUCAAAAUUGUGAUGGAUUAUCACAUUAUAUCACAAUCAUAUAUCACAUUUGAUUUAUUUGAUACUCGAUGAUUUUGGUGGUCUCUACAUUCAACUCAAGAUGUGACAUUUGUAUAAUGUUUUUUACACAGACUGUAAAUCAAGAAUCAUAAUUACGCAGUGGUCAGAUUUAGGAUUUUAUUUGUUUAAUUUUCAGAUACAUUUUUGUCAUACAUGAAUAUAACCAUAAUUAGAACCAUAUAACCUCAAAUGUGAGAGUAACACUACAAUAUAUAUAUAUGAAAAACCCCACAAAUUUUAUUAGAAAUCCACUCAAAUGGGCCCGAAGGGCUGAAACCCUAUUGUUGUUGUGCUGUUUUAUCAAUAUUAUUAUCAUUAUUAUUAUUAAUGUUAUUAAUAUUAUUAUUACUAUUAGGGGUUCAAGCCUGAAGGGCUGAAACCCUAUUGUUUUUUGUAAUAAUAAUAAUAAUAAUAAUAAUAAUAAUAGUAAUUAUUAUUAUUGUUAUUAAGAAAUGUUUUUGCAAAUUCCCAUGAGAUGGUACAUAGUAGAGACAUGAAAUGUUUACCAAUGAUUGGAAGUAGUGUGCAAAUGCUGCUCAAGAAAUAUAAUGCCAAUAGACCAGAUGGGGGCGCUAUAAUAAAGGUUUGAAGACAUUUUUUGGAAGGCCACCACCCACACACCAUAUAUCAGAUUGACUUGAAAUAUGACACACAUGUUCAGGCGAAUGGGUUCCGCGAAAGCCUUAAGAACCCUCAAGUUUUGCCAACUAGAUUGUCCGCCAUAUUGAAUUUUUUUGAAAAACACAUUUUUGACAUCUCUUCCUAAGGCAUAGGUCCAACUUGUACCAAACUUUCUGUGAAUCAUCAUGGGAUGAAGCUCGUUAAAGUUAUCAACAGCUUUUUGAUAUGUCAUUGCGUUUUAAUGAUAUUGACCAAUCAACUUUAGAGGAGGUGUAGCUCAGCACAUUAAUGGAGUUUACUCUUUAGCCGUUGAGCCAAUCAUCACAAAACUUGUAGGAAAUCUUAACACAAGUAACUGAAUCAUACCCUGAAGGUCUGAUUCAAAUUGACCAGUUGGGGGCGCUCUACAUGCAGAAAGUUGAUAUCUCAUAAUCAGCUGGAGAUAUUUGUACAAAACUUGGUUUGCAUCACUAGGGUCAUGUCUCAGUCGAAGCACAAAAUUUGAAAAUGAUUGCUUAAAGGGGACGUGGCAUAUUACAGUAAAUUGUUUUUUUUAAUUUAGAAAUGUUUUCGCAAAUUCCUGUGAGAUGGUACAUUGUAGAGAGAAGAAAUGUUCACAAAUGAUUGAAAGUUGUGUACAAACGGUGCUCAAGAAACAUAAUGCCAAUCAACCACAUGGGGAUACUAUAAUUCAGGAUGAAGAAAUUUUGUUUUGAAGGGCCAUCUCCCUCGCACCAUACGUCAGAUUGACUUAAAAUUCGACACACAUGUCCAGCUGAAUAUGGUGUACUAAAGCCUCAAGUAUCACAAAGGUCCGCCUGAUUGGAUUUUCUGCCAUUUUGAAUUUUUUGAAUAAAACGUUUUUGACAUCUCCUCCUAAGCUGUAAGUCUGAUUUGUGCCAAAGUGUCUGUCAUCAUGGACCAAGCUUAUCAAACAUUAUCAAAAGCUUUUUGAUAUCUCACUGUGUUUUGAUGAUAUUGUCCAGUAAACUUUAGAGGGGCCGUGGCUCAGCACAUAAAUGGACCUACUCCUUAACCGUUGCGCCAAUCAUCACAAAAAUUGAAGGACACAUCCAAAAAAGUCCUUGAAUCACACCCUGAACGUUUUCUUCAAAUGAACCACUAGGAGGUGCUAGAAAUGCAAAAAAGUUUAUAUCUUACAAUCAGCUUACAGAGACUAAAUUUGGUUUGCACCAUCAAGGGUCAUGUCUCAGUAGAUGCACAAAAUUUGGAAAUGAUUGCUCAAAAGGGCGUGGCUUAUUACAAUAAAUCUAAAUUUAAAUACAUUUCACAUUCCAAACUUAAAAAAAUCAUGCAAAUCACCAGUGUUUUCUACAGAGCUGACAUUUUUUCAGCACAGCCACUGAAUGUUGACAAAGGUUUCCAAAUCAGUCAAAUCAGAAGUCCAUCACUAUAUUUUUAAAAACAUAUUUGACCAUAUACCUGAAAUCAGCAAAAUGAUGUGAGAUUUUUUCAGAAUUUUAUCACCAAAUACUUAAACUAUUAUUGAUAUCUUAUUUCAUCUUGAAGAUAUAAACCAAUAAACUUUAGAGGGACUGUAGCUCAGCACAUUACUACACAACCUUUGGUCCAGUCAUCACAAACCUUGCAAGCAACAUCUUAAGAGGUGCCAGGAACAUAUCCUGAAAUACAAAUCAGACUUUAAAUCAUAAAUUGAUAUUCCAAUCAUCACAAAACUUGCAGGGUAUAUUGAAUAAUAACAAUAAACCACAUGAAUGAAAUUAUUUUGAAAUUGGUCCAUAGGGGGCACCACCAGUUCCAAACAAGUGCAAUCGCCUUUCAUAAAAUUUGGCCAUAAAUUAGUGCAGGUUUGUUCAGACAUCACCAAACUCGGUGGACUGUUUUUUUAACUAAGCCAUUAAAUCAUGUCAACAAAAUGUUUGUGCAGUUGACCAAUAAGAAGCAACAGUGUUUCCAGAGAAGAGCAUGGCCCGAUAGGGAUUUGGACGUAAAUUAAUAAGCAUCUGUCUGAUUGUCAUAAAACCUGUUUGUUUUUUUUCUUUACUGCAGGCAUCAUAAAUUGUCAAAAUUUUACCCAGCUUUCAAGUUUUAAAGGUCCAUGCUAACUUCAACCCCAAAAUUGCCACUUGCAGCUAUGAUUUUAGUUGUCAUUUCCAUUAUUGCAAUAACUAACAAAGGAGUCAAUCCAUCCUCUGCCACACAGUGGUGGGUUGGACAAAACAUCAUGCUGCAUGUGGUGAAUAUAACAGUGGCAGACGGAUAAAGCAGUGACAGACAGCAGAGCAUCAUUGUUUUGGAAUUUCACAUAUUUAUAAUGUGUUUUAAAGGAGACCUUUUUGGGGUUUUCCCUCAUCUUUACUGUGUCAUAUAGGCCUAUUAUUACACGGCUCUAUUAAAUGCUGUAUUCUGAUUGGUCAGUCGCGGCAUUCAGCGGUCUGAUAUUACUGUGUAAUGACCAUUGCUAUGUAGCCCAGCGUUGCUAGGGACGCUGCCCUGCAACACUGCAGCUGUCAAACAACUUCCGAGGGAAAAACAAACAGAAGUGGCUGAUUUUAACAUUUCUUUUAACUUAUUUGGAGAGUAGCUACAAGGAUUUUGAGGAAUGGGAUGCCGCUGAAGAAAAAGAAAUGGAGAAGGAAAGAAAAAAAUCAAGUGAAAAACAGCACAAGGAACUGACACCUGAAGAGCUUCAAGUGAUAGAGGAGGAGAAAGAUGAGAUAAAUACAAAAAAGACAACAAAAUGGGCUACUGUACUAUACUGUACUGUACUACUACUACUAUACUGACGGACUUUCUCUGCCAAAAACAAAAGAACACGGAUUUGAAUACACACUCGGCAGUCAUGCUUAAUGACAUUUUACGCGAGUUUUAUACCUCGGUUCAGUCCACUAAGCCUGAGUGAGUACAAAACUUUCACCAAAAGUUGUCGAAUUCGGUCGGUUUUAAUGCACUUCGCAGAGGCAGACAAUAUUAUUUAUUUAACUGAUAAUUAGCCGUGUAAUAAGCGCAUCGGGGUUCUAUUCCCCUGUCGGGAGUUAUUUUUCCAGUAUUCACCAGCUCAUUAUACAUUAUCCCUUACGUAUUCUUCUGCCUCUAUAAGGUCUGCUAAGUAAAAAAAAAAAAAAAAAAAAAAAAUCCAGGCUAAAGGGACUUCUGUCUCCCCACAGACACACAGCUCCUGACCUGUCUGAAACAGCUCAUUUGAAUUUCCUACCUUUACCUCUGGGAGCUGUUGAGGAGAUGCCAUGUCUAGGAGGCGCUGCUUUCUUCAUUGUGACCAAAAAUUACCCUUGUUUGGACUGCCAAAGGACAAAGGAACAAAGAAGUGGUUGGAAUUUAUUUUUGAUACAAUUCCUCCACAAUACAACCGGGACAUUUUAUUGUGUUCCCUCUAUUUUCCUGAGGAUUGCUUCACAAACUGGCAACAGUUUACUGCUGGAUUUUCACAGCAGUUACUCCUGAAAGAUGGGACAGUUCCCUUUGUUGGACAAAUCUGGAGAUUAGUUUGGUUGUACACCCAGUGCUUAGCUGUAGGCCUCAGCUAACUGGCUAACCAAAGCUAUUGUUUUGAAAUGCUUUUGCUACUCGGUGUAUAGUAAGAUAAACAGCUAGCUGGGUGGUGUCAGUAAGAUGAAUUUAAUGACUGAACUGGUGAGAAUCUAACAGAGCUAAGAUGUGCAGCAUGUCCAUAUUAACAAACAUUUCUAUGUGUGAUGCCCAAUCUAAGCAGCUACUGCCGCUAGCUCGCUAGCUAAGCAGCUGCUGCCGCUAGCUCGAGCGAUUAGCUGACAGGCAACAGUCAGACCUGGGUUGGA